AUGCCGGGCAUUCAACCCUCGCCUGGCAUGCGCGAUGUCGACGUCUGCUACGGCGCCUACCAAGCGGGGAGCGAAGGCGUGCAGAGCGCCUUGCAGAAGGCCAGAUGGAAGUACAACCACCAGCCCGUGCGCAAGACGGGCGACUUAGAUCGCAAGCGAUACAGCGACAUCAUCUCGCCCGUCGAACCCUCCGAAGCGCAAGACGAGCCCAACAGCCCCUCUUCGCCGUCAGCCCCGCACGAUUUCGAGCCCGUGUCCCCGACCUCCGUUCCACCUAUCGCGCUUGAUCAGAAGGAGUCUGGCCUGCCGCCCACUCCACCAAAUGCGCUGGCGCUUGAUGAAGAGCCAGAGCUACAAAAUGGACACGACAUGACACCCCCACCCAUCUUUGCCGACGGCGUUCGGAAUGCGCUUCGCAGCGAGCAAAGUAGAACGCCGAUUAAGCAACAAGCAAGUCCUCUCACCCCAGAUCCUUCUCCGCCGAGGAAGUCGAGUGGCGCGCGCCUUCCCUUGGCUGUGCAGUCGGAAGAAAUCGCACAAGCGGACUCUCUCCCCACCGCUCAUGAAAAUCAAACUUUGCUUGCCUCAGAAACCCUGACUCCCGUGCAUCUACCUGAGGAGGACAGACUACCUCAACACUGGCUGGACACGACGCGGGAGCUGCAGGCUGCAAGCAUUGGACUUGGCGCCAUCACCGUUGAGGAGACUCCAGUAAUCGCAGGCGACAGCCAGGAUGCUAGCGCUUCUGGCAAGUUGUCUCCACAAGCAUCGACGCCUGACAAGCAACGCAGCCAGCCCGGCAAGCCUGAUGGAGUUGAAUAUUCUCCACCACCUGACACUUCAAUUGGCCAAGAGGCAAAAGGUCUUGGACUGUCCGGAGCCCCAUCAUUGCAGGACAAUGCGCAGGAGCGCAACAACCUGGUGUACAAGAAAAUCCAAGAGGACAAUGUCAAGAGGCACAGCGCGGUCAGCGCUACCUCCGGGGCCAUUCCCGUCGGCAUCGUCAUGCCUGCGCUUGACCUGACGCCAAAGACUUUGAAACGCCAGGCAAAGUCUUACUCGCUCCGUGGAGACCUCAGUAACGGAAGUCACAGAAACAGCGGAGACAGCACAGGAAGCGAACUUGUAUGGAGGCCGAAAAAGCUGCGCACACCAGAGAAGAAUGGCGUAUUGGACUCUUCGCCGAUUCUGGAGUCUAAAUACCGCCAGGUGUCGUCUCCCGCCAAACUGGGCGCAGAUGCAUCCGACAUGACAGCCCUCACUUUUGCGAGCAUGCAGGGUUCGCCAUCUGCGACAAGGACGCGCACACAACAACCCGAAGUUGCGCAUAAGUUGCGCCACGUUUCUCCUGGAGAUCGCCUAUCGAACAAUAUGUCCGUGAGGCGUACAAGCCUGGAGGUUUCGCCGCCGCCGGAAGCCCGGCCCUACACAGAGAGCUCCAAGGCGGACCGCAGGACUCAAUCCGUAUCGGAUGUGGGAAAGCGUGCUAUUGAGUCCUUGGCCACCGAGCGGGGAAAGGUACCUGGCGUACGAUCAGGCUCACAGCCGCUUCAUAUACCUAAGCAACGAUCCAAGGCUCAGCCUUCACCGGACGGGGCUAGUACGGCGGUGAGACUGCGCCACUUCUCGCACGAAGCACGACUGGAGAACAACGAUGACGUCCGGCGUACUAGUCUUGGGCAUGCAACUCGGUCGCAUACACAGACUGAGCGGCCAAUCGAUCCUCCGGGUGGCUUCGAACGCGAAUUUCACCCAGCAACUCCUCGCAAAAGCCUUGACGCGAGGCAUCUAUAUCCAACCACCACACCCAUGUCGAUAAGCCAGAUCUCCGACCGGACCGAUAACAUCGAAAUUGGCGAGGCGAAUGGUGUCCGACUUUAUGCACACAACAACGAGAGUUUAAUGGUCGUUCAGCAUCAUUCGCGACCAACGAGCAAGGGCAAGGAGUUCGAACCUGAUUCGUCGGGAUUUGUGCAUGGAGGAUAUGUAGGGUUGAGGGAUCCGGUGUUCGUGGCACAAGUGGAGCCCCCUACACCGACUCUCGCAACCACAAGGCCGGAGCAUCAAGUCGACAGCCCUUUGACGAACCCUCGGGCAGCUCCUGUACCGCCAAUCUUUAAGGUCAUUCCUCCCACUCCAGUGAGAGAGCUGCUAGAACGACACGAAAGCAGUACGCAGCAGGAAGACGCGACCACGGGUCGUGAACGCAGUCCAUCCCGCAAACGCCUGAGCCUUGGCCAGCGCGCCCGACGGUAUAGCGACAUCAUCUUUCCUGGACUGGGCAGCCUACGGAGGUCAAGUCAACGAUUCAGCGUCACGGAGCGAGACACUUACCUCUCGCCCAUGUGGAAACCGCAAGGCUUCUGGGACGACAUCGACAGCGAUGAGGACUACGACGAUUUCGAAGCCGGCGGAUCGCUCCCUCGGGGCGGCGACACCUCUGACGUCACCGAACGGCGACUCGUCUUCCCCCGAGCCAUGAGCAAACGUCUCCCUGGCUUCCGCGGCGCCGGCGGCUUCCUGGUCGGUAACAGCCUGGGAAUCGACCGACAUGGAAGCAACAACCGUCGGCAUUACGUCGGUACCAGCACGCGGACUCUCUCAGCGCGCCAGAGUCAAGAGUUGAUGAAAAGCCUGUCCUCGCCCCGUGAAGGAUCACAAGAGCUUCCUAUACGUAGUGUGGUGCGAGCUCAGCGACACUUUGUUAUCCCCUUCACCGGCGGAUCUCGAGCGUAUUGGGUGGGCACGGGCCGGUUGCGGGCCAAGGUGCGGGCGCUGCGCCUUGCGAGGGAGGAGCGGGAGAGGGAGAGGAGGCGGGAGAAGAUCCGGAAGUCGAUUGGGCAUCGGGUCUAUCAUGAUCAGUAG